GCUCCGGUAGGAGCCCUUUCGUCGGCCAUGGAGGGAGAGACGUCUAGUGCGGCGGACGGGAGGGAAGAUCUCCUGCGUAUGGCCGACCAUUCGAUAAGUGGGAACAAAGCAGCGAUAGCGGAGGGGGACGAGGACGAUUGUCAGGGCCUAUGGAAUCUGCCCGUAGAGGCCACCGUUCGCAGAUGCGAGUGUGGCCGCUGUGGCCGUCCUCAAAAGGUAUGCUUGUGUCCGUUCUUGCCAGUCAAUCCCUUGAAAGUCUCUACCUGUUUGUACAUCAUCCAGCAUCCAGCAGAGGAAAGUAGAGUACUACGGACGGUGCCUCUGCUGGCUGCUUGCCUGCCUGAAGAAAAAUGUAGAGUUUUGAUAGGCCGUCGCUUCAAUGAAGACAAGUAUCCUGAGCUAGCAUAUGUGUGCAGAAAUCCUAAUACCUUGGUAUUAUAUCCUGGAGCGGGAGCAGCAAAUCUGGAAGAAGUAGAAUUCAGCUCUCCCAAUCCCCGUGUAAUCGUAAUCAUCGAUGGAACCUGGAGUCAGGCCAAAGAUAUAUUCUUUAAGAACUCCCUUUUCCGGAUACCUAAGCAGGUGCAACUGAGAACUAGCCUUUCAAGUCAGUAUGUUAUUCGUACACAGCCCACAAAUUCAUGCCUAUCCACACUUGAAUGUGCAGCUAUUGCUCUUGCAAUCAUGGAAAAAAAUGAUUAUAUUAAAGAGACUCUACUCCGGCCACUUCAAGCUCUGUGUUCUUUCCAGCUUCAGCACGGUGCCCAAAUCCAUCACAGCAAAGAAUAUCUUCUGAAAAAUGGUUUAUAUGACAAGCCUAUGCCAAAAAAUAAACGCAAACUCAGGAGAAUGGAACUCUUAGUUAAUAAUGUUAAAAUUUAGCAAUGUCAUGUAGUCAUAAUAAGAAAGACUUUUUUUUUGUUCCUUUUAGCUAAUGAAGUGAAGUUUGAUAUGGGUUUAAUCCAGACAGCCAUUUCUUUAAUAAAAGGACCAAAUUUAGAUGGCUCCUUGCCCAGGAGUUCAGGCAUAAUAGAAAAAACAGAGUUCCUAUUGCAUUAGACCAAGGAAUAAAGGAGUGCCUUUGUUUUCCCCCAGUUUAUCAGUCUGUGGUCUCUAAUAUGACUUAUUUGUUUUUCUUAUGGAAAGGUUUUGGUAUUGGUGAAUGAACUACAAAGGUUUUAUAAGGCAAUGGUAAGGAUUCAGUAAUGGGUGAUUUGCAAGGAUGUGGAAUACUAGAAUGCAAAUUCUCAUUUUCUGUUGGAAGUGUAUUCAUGCUGACAACUGUGUAAACCCCAGUGGAGACAAUAAUCCAGAAUUGCUGCUGUACUUAUAAAAAUAUUACUGAAAUUGUUUAAAACAGAUUGUGUUUUGGCCUGGAGUUUUUCUUUCUGCUAUAAAAUAGGUACAGACAUGAUAGGAUGGUCAAGACUCUGACCCUGAUACAGAGCAAACCACAUGAGUGGGACUUGCAUCUUUCCCAAGGGAUUGUGAACAGCACAUGGAAAGAUCUUUGAACUCUGUCCUGACAGCACAAAUUUUAUGUGCUUGAGGUUUGCUAGAUCACAAUCAUAAUCUUGAUUUAUUUAUUUUUUGCAGCCAUUAGUAUUCUUAGUAUAGUAUAUAGCAGCCGUUAGUAUUC